ACCACCCUGCCCAGCUAAUUUUUUUUUUUAAGGUCUGUCUUAUUUCCUGGCCUGCCUUGGGUGAUCCUCCUGCCUCAGCCUCCAAAGUGCUAUCAUCCCCUUUAUGACAUUACCUUUGUGACCUACCCCUCCACCUUUCUGAAUUAGGUGUUCCCCUCCAGGGCAUAUGGCCAUGUAUGUUCUAGCUUUGCAGUGAAUGUUAAAGGUGCUCACAGUGAAACUGGGUGACUAAUAGGGUCACUUAACUCUCACAGGAAAGCAUUGCCUGCAUGAGCCAGCCAAAACCCUCAUUUGUCACGUAUCUAUCUCCCAGGGUCCAAAUUCCCUAAAUUGCCUCUCCUGGGGAGUAUACUUUUCAGGAAGUCUAGCCAUCAGCUAAAGGGGGGUUAGGGUCAGCUGGACAGAGAGUUGGGGGAUCCACCUUCACUCUAAGAGCACAUCUACCCAGUGACUAACAAAGCUUGGCUCUUGGACCAGGGUAGCCUAUCCAACUCUGCCUGCAUGAGCACUGCUAGAGUUUGCCUCUUAAACUGUGAGGUCCUUCUGUGACUUAACAGGCAACCUUCUGAGUGAUUAUAUAGAGGGAUGCCUAAGAGACAGGCUUUGGAGUCAGACCUGGGUUCCAAUGUCACCUCUGCUCUGGUGUUUGAGGCAAAUUGUUUAACCUCUUGGAGCCUUAAACUUUUGAGGAUAAUUCUUUACCAGUGCUUCCAAAGAGGUUGCUUACUCAGCCUGGGGCGGGGCAUGACUGAUCUAUUACAUUUCUUUCACAAUUGACACAGAUGAUGUUUUUCCAUUUUCAAGUUCCUGGGGAGGGUAUGCUCUGCACUUUCUCAUUACCCCCAUAUGCUGCCCUCUAAGGACACUACCCUAGGUCCAUCUGCCAGGCCCUGCAGGUCUGAUCUGGCCUCACCAGGCUCCAGCCACACUGGCUGCCUUGUUUGCACAGAGGCUCUUACCCUCCUCAGGGCUGUUGCUGGGACUGUCCCCUGCCUGAAGUGCUGUUCCUCCCCUUUCCCUGGUGACUCGUGACUCCUCGCAUUUACACCUUCAACUUAAAUAUAUCACCUCUUUAGAGAGGACAUCCUCUACCCCCACCUUCCUGGUUUCACCUCUGCUUGUUGACUGCCCUUGUUAUACCUGUAACUAUUAUCUUGUUACUUGCUUUUUAUUCCCCUCGCACUGGGAUGUAAGCUCCAUGAGGUCAGGGACCAUUCAUCAGCGCCUAUAAAUACUGUGGCACCUAAGGGCGGUGGCACCCAGGAAGUAUUGGAUAAGGAACCGUGACACUAACUUUAAGUGGGACUCAGUGCUCUCUUCCGCUUUGAGUGCCCAGCUCAUCAACGGUCUGGGUGAGGCUCCAGGUCUUAAAGAAGCCCUCGCUUGACUGCUUCAGGGCCCACCGCAGCCCCCAAACCAGCCCAGAGUGGUCUGAUGGUGCCCAGGGAAUGGUUUCCAAGGUAACAGCAAACGGGGAGGGGCUUGGAACGGAGGACAGGGCUCGAGCCUGGGCGGGCCCUCCUGGGAGAAGAAGCGGCGACGCGGAGGGGAGGCGGGAACAGGGGUGCUGGGAGGGCGCGCGCGGCGAGGGGCACAUGCAGGGCCCCGGCGCGCCACUGCUCCUUAGUGCGGGGGAACUGGGGCCUGGGCGCCGGGGCUUGGCCUCCUGGUACUGCCAGGAGGGCGGCUCAGUGUGCCACUGGCUGCGGAAGCCGCAGCCUCCCGACCCACGCAUCAGUUUACCCUCCGCAUGCCGCUCCGAUUUCCGUCUGCCAGGGAGGCCACCUUGGCCCGGCCCCGCGUCCGCCCAGCCCGAGGAGGGCCGUGCAGGCAGAAGCGAGGCAGGCAGCCCCGCCCCUGCGCGUCGCCUUGGCCGGGCCUUCAGGACGCCGGUCCUCGGCACCCAAGCCCAGGGCGACGUGGAUGCCCGCCCCCUCGGCUCCCCGCACAAGUUGGUCCUGGAUGAGCCCUCGCCGCAGGAUGGUUCCCCGGUCCUCUGGCGACGAUUCUCCAAGGCGUCUCACAUGAACCGGCUCCAAAAUGCGAAAAUCCACGUGGAGAGAGCUGUCAAGCAGAAGAAGAUCUUUACCAUCCAAGGCCGCUACCCGGUGAUCCGGUGUCUCUUGUGCCAGAGGGGCUGGGUGGAGAAGAAGAUGGUCCAUUGCUCAGGCUCCACCCUGCUGCCACUCCAGAAGGACCCGGAUAGUUCAGUGAUGGGUGACAGUGACACCACUGAGGAUGAGGAUGAAGAUGAGGAUGAGGAGCUCCAGCCACCACAGCUGUUCGACUUUGAUGAUUUACUGAAAUUUGAUGACCUAGAUGGAACACAUUCUCUGAUGUCUCGCAUGGUUCGGAAUGAGACCCCCUACUUCAUCUGGACCACUCGGCGGGACGUGCUUGACUAUCGCUUCCUCUCUAAGGAUCAGAUGAUAAACCACUACGCCCGGGCUGGCUCCUUUACCACAAAGGUGGGUCUAUGUCUCAAUCUCCGGAAUUUGCCAUGGUUUGAUGAGGCUGAUGCCGACUCCUUCUUCCCACGCUGCUACCGCCUGGGGGCUGAGGAUGACAAAAAAGCCUUCAUAGAAGAUUUCUGGCUGACAGCUGCCCGCAACGUUCUCAAGCUGGUGGUAAAGUCUGAGUGGAAGUCAUACCCUAUACAGGCAGAAGAGGAAGAAGCCACAGGCCCCUCCCUAUGCGCAGGAGACAAGCAACCUAAGAAACAGGAGAAAAACCAAGUGUUGGUGUCCCCAGAGUUUGUGGAUGAAGCUCUGUGUGUGUGUGAAGAGUAUCUUAGCAACCUGGCUCACAUGGACAUCGACAAGGACCUGGAGGCCCCGCUGUACCUCAGCCCCAAGGACUGGUCCCUCUUCCUCCAGCGCUACUACCAAGUGGUCCAUGAAGGGGCAGAACUCAGGCACCACGACACUCAGGUCCAGCACUGUGAGGACAUCCUGCAGCAGCUGCGGGCUGUGGUACCCCAGAUAAACAUGGAAGGGGAUCGCAACAUCUGGAUCGUGAAACCAGGAGCCAAGUCUCGCGGACGAGGCAUCAUGUGCAUGGACCACCUGGAGGAGAUGCUGAAGCUGGUGAACGGCAACCCCAUGAUGAUGAAGGACAGCAAAUGGGUGGUACAAAAGUAUAUUGAGCGGCCCCUGCUCAUCUUUGGCACCAAGUUUGACCUGAGACAGUGGUUCCUGGUAACUGACUGGAACCCACUUACUGUGUGGUUCUACCGUGACAGCUAUCUCCGCUUUUCCACGCAGCCAUUCUCCCUGAAGAAACUGGACAACUCAGUACACCUGUGCAACAACUCCAUCCAGAAGCACCUGGAGAACUCGUGCCAUCGGCAUCCACUGCUGCCUCCAGACAACAUGUGGUCCAGCCAGAGGUUCCAGGCUCACCUGCAGGAGAUGGGGGCCCCAAAUGCUUGGUCCACCAUCAUCGUGCCUGGCAUGAAGAAUGCCGUGAUCCAUGCACUUCAGACCUCCCAGGACACUGUGCAGUGUCGGAAGGCCAGCUUUGAGCUCUAUGGCGCUGACUUUGUGUUCGGGGAGGACUUCCAGCCCUGGCUGAUUGAAAUCAAUGCCAGCCCCACCAUGGCACCCUCCACGGCAGUCACCGCCCGGCUCUGUGCUGGCGUGCAAGCUGACACCCUGCGCGUCGUCAUUGACCGGCGGCUGGACCGCAACUGUGACACAGGAGCCUUUGAGCUCAUCUAUAAACAGCCUGCUGUGGAUGUGCCCCGAUACGUGGGCAUCCAGCUCCUGGUAGAGGGCUCCACCAUCAAGAAGCCCAUGGCGAUGUGUCAUCGGCGGAUGGGGAUCCGCCCAGCACUCCCCCUGCUGACCCAGCGAAGCUCUGGGGAAGGCAAGGACUCGGGGACCCCUACCCACAGGUCAGCUUCUAGGAAAGAUGCUGGGGCCAGGAGCCUGGAGCACAGUGAGAAGCCAGACUCCACUGCCACCACUUCAGACCCCGGAAAGGGGAAGAAAGCCCCUCACCACUUCCCCAGCCUCCACACCAAGGCCCAGCUGCCUUCUCCCCACGUACUCCGACACCAGGGCCAGGUCCUCAGACGACAGCACAGCAAACUGGUGGGCACUAAGGCCCUGUCGAUCACAGGCAAGGCCUUGAGGACUCUACCCACGGCCAAGGUCUUCAUUUCCUUCCCACCUAACCUUGAUCUCAAGGUGGCACCCAGCAUCCUGAAGCUAAGAAAGGCUCCUGCUCCCCUGUGCCUCCGAGGCCACCACCUGGAAGUGCGUUGUUGCCUCUGCCCUUUGAAGUUGGAACAAUUCCUACCACCCAUAAGAAAGUCAAGGCCAAAGGCAAGUUCAAGGCCAGACUGUGACAAACCCAGGGCUGAGGACGGCCCUGUGAAGAGGCUAAGCCCCCUGAAACCUCUGCCCCUCGUUGGUACAUUCCAGAGGCGAGGAGGCCUGGGGCAUAUGAAGCUAGGGAAGCCCCUGCUUCAAUUCCCCACUGCCCUUGUCCUGGAUCCAACACCAAAUAAAAAGAAACAAGUGGAGUAUUUGGGGCUUGGCUUCAUUGCUGUUGGAGGGUCAAGAGUUGGGGGGGCAAGGCCCUGUACCCCGGGGUGCACAACAAGAGCCGGAGGCCGUCAGCAGCUCCUCCGAGCUGCGAGGCCCAGAAUUCCCCACCUAGGGACAGAUAUGGGGCUUCCUAUUGAGGGACUCCUCCAGCAUCUCGGAUCCGGGGGUGGGGAGCAUGAGGUUUCACUUCACAGAUGAAGAAACUGAGUCUGAAAGAGGAGGCAUGGCUUGCCCAAGAUCACAUGGCAGUGAGUAGAGGGCAGGGACACACUGCCAGAACUGCCGACCACUGGGAGCCCCCCAACCCUGGAGAACAAGCCAGGCUGGCAAAAUGACACCUAGGGGGCAUAGGAAUGUUAAUGCCAUGAGACGGGAAAGAGUGGACCUUGCCUAAACCUCAGCCCUUCUGC